AUGGCCGACGUUUUAGACGACGGAGAGUUCUGGCUUCCGCCCCAAUUUUUAACCGCCGAUGACGAAGUUAAGACUACGACCAAUACCAAGAAUCUUAAAGACGGUGAGGGUUUGUUCCCCUACGAGUUCAUCGGCGGGUUUGGUUCUUUUGGGUUUUCUUCGGAUCUAAGUUCUCCCGUUGAGUCCGUUCUUGGCUCUACCAAAACAGAGAGUGAUGGGGAAGAUUACCUCGCUGUGUUAACUCGUCAAAUGGCUCAUUCCACUGUCAUAGAUGAUUCCCUCCGAAUAGACCCCACGGAUGAUUCUUGUCCAGUUCGCCGCAAUCGACCAUAUGUUCGUUACCGGGCGUUUGUGGUUGGAAGUAAGGGUCUAGCCGUGGGAGUCCAAGCUGUCAAUCUCGGGUUUCAUCACCGCCGGCAACAUGGAACCUCCUCUCCAAAACCUUCUACGAAACUCGAUGCUUCUGUCUUUUACCCUCAACAAUCACUUUAUCAUAAUAAGCUGCGUACCACUCGUUUUCAGCAACUGAAACAAGAUCAGCUAAUGAAACAGCAAGACUCGUUGGGUGUGGGGAGGAUUGAAGCAGCAGUAGAAGCAAGUAGUCCAAAACAGAGGAAGGUAUGGUAA